AUGAAUAAAAGUAGAAUGUAUCCAUCUCAAUAUCAAGAAAUACAGGGCAGAAGAAGCAUUGAGAAUCAUGCAUUGCGUAGUUUACUCUACGAGGAUUCAGCUACAACCACAAGAACAACAACAAAGUCAUUACCACCUCCUAAAUCCAGUUCUCCUUCUUCUUUAUCAUCAUCAUCAUCAUCUCCCAAAUCUAUAAAAAGAUCAUUAGAGUUUUCAUUUCCAACUAACUCGCAUAACUCGUAUGCUGCAUCUUUGCCACAACAGCAGCCGUUUAAUCACCAAAGUCUUUUAAGCUCAAUAUAUACUAGUGACCAAAAUCUGAAUGAAUUUAUGGAACUAACACAUGAGAAAGAAGUUAUUAAAAGAAAUAGAAAUAAACAUAAAGAGAACAAGAGUGACUUUAACAACGGUACAGAAAGUGAAUAUAAUGAGAAACAAACUUUGCUUUUUCUUGAAGCGUAUCAAAGUUGGGGAAAAAAAGAAGUGAGGCCACCACCCAUGUCACCGCCAAUAUCGUGCAUGAGUAAUUUUGAGCACGAGUUUGACAAGUGGAAUAUGGACUCUGCUGUACCAAUAGAUAAUAUAUUUGAAGUAAUUGGUAAUGAUGAGCAAGAUAUGGAAAAAAAUGGGAAUGAUGACGUUAUGAAAGUGGCAAAUAUGAAUCAUAAUUGCAGCAAUAAUAGUGAUUCUUUGGACGCAGAAGUUGAGUCAGUCUUUGAAAGUUUGAAGGAGUUGACGUUGAUGGACAAAUUCAAGGGUUUGAUUAAAAAAAAAUCACCUUUAAUGACUAAUAAGAAGGCUGAAGAGAGUGGAACUAUCACAUUAUUGGUCGAUAACAAAGUUUGUGCUUUUGAUGAGGAUAGGCUGUUUCAAGAAGGUACCAAGUUACCCCAAGAGUUGAGAGUAGGAUUACACGGUGGUCAAUUUGAAAAGAAUGAGACAAAGCAGGAGUGUAUGCAACAUCAACACCCUUUGAUGCAGCCAAAUACUGAAAAACAGCAAUCCGAGUCCACUCAACCUCUUGAACUUAAACCUGCUCCUCCUAUACCUCCGCUAAUUAAUCUAAUACCACCACCACCACCUCUUCCUUGUUAUUCUUCUUGUUCUUCCGCAUGUUCUUCUUUAACAACAUUGCCCAAUGAGUUGGUAUUGUUACCACAAGAACAAAGAUCCACGUUGUAUAACAAUGAAGAAUGGAAAAGCUCACAUGCAGUAAAGUCAAUUCUCAAAUGUAAAGUGAAUAGAAACUUUGACAUAGAGAUUGAAGAAAUCUUGAAGCAAGAUGAGAUGCAGUUUGAUGAGUUUUGGCAUAAUUUUGAAAUGAAUGAGCUGGCCAAGUGUAACUUUGCUAAUGAACAAUUGCUUACUCUGAUGAGGAUGGAACAGGUGCAGAAGUAUUACCACGAAUAUAGAGGUGAUGAAUACUAUGACAAAGAGUAA